AUGGCGAAAGUCUCAUUCACACAUGGCAGAGACAAGCUUCUGGGUCCCGUCGCACGUCUCAACGGCCGUGUAUUCGAUACGGACCCCGUUGUCACAUACAUGCUACUGGAAAUGUCAAGAGAGGAACGCCUGGCAUAUCUGCCUAUCUACUGGACAACGCUCGUCAAGUCAGCUCUAUUGAACGAUGCGAUCAUCACCGAGGCGGAUGGUUGGAAAGCUGCAUCCGUUAUAAUCCCACCUGGAAGAUGCGUCGAUAACGUCUGGACGCUAAUCUAUGCUGGAUUCCUUUGUGUUCUGUGGAGGCUUGGCUUCUCGGGCUUUAAGCGCCUUUGGACCGAGUUCUCCGGUAUGACGGAUAAUGCAAAAGAGAAGGGCCUGCGUGGUCAGAAGCGGUAUUAUUACAUUUUCAGCAUUGGGACUGAGCCUGAACACCGUGGGAAAGGUUUGGCAAAAGCUAUAAUGCUCGAACAUCAGCAUACUGCCCGGCGUGAGAACGUCCCUAUUUGGCUCGAGGCUACGAGUCCAGGCUCCCGUAAUCUCUAUCUGUCAUUGGGAUUCAAAGAGAUCGAAGAGAUUAUUGUUGGGAAAGGCAAGGUCGCGGCGGAUGCUACAAGACAGCCAGGCGGUCCUGGGAUUCCUAUCUAUGCGAUGGUGUGGUGGCCGGAGCAGUCGCCCUCUGCGCAGCUGUGA